GACACAGCGGACUGUCAGGUUGGAAUGUCUCUUGCAGUCACCUCAACGGCCAUGAAUUCCUUCAGCACCGCACCAGGAGGCUGUCCUUCCGCAAUAGACCCCCGCUACUAUACACUGUGUGACCUGAAGGCAGUUUGGGGCAUUGUGGUGGAGGCGUUUGCGAGUGCUGGGAUUUUAGCUUCCUUUUUGCUGCUGCUUGUCAUGGUGUCAAGCCUACCCUUCGUUAUUGACAGAAGAAGGAAGAGCGUGUUGGCUCUGCAAGUCACCUUCUUGAUUUUCAGCUUGGGCCUCUUUGGCUUGUCCUUUGCUUUCAUCAUGGGACGGGACAGCACCACCUGCACAGCAAGGAGGUUUGUAUUUGGAGUGCUAUUUGCAGGUUGUUUUGCAUGCCUGCUGAUGCAUAGUCUGUGGUUGGCACUACUGGAUCGGCAUAAAAAAUGCCCACAGGGAAGGCUAUUCUGGCUGGGAGCUCUUGGUCUUUGGCUGGUGGAAGUCAUUAUCAACACAGAAUGGAUGAUAAUUACACAGAUGCCGCAAGACAAUGCAGCAGUGAUCAGAGGCGUAUGUGAUAUUACCAAUAAGGAUUUUACCAUGGCACUUAUUUAUGUCAUGGUACUGUUGGUUGCUGUAGUACUAAUGGCUGUGCUAUCAAUGACCCACACACACAAGUCAUUCCGGCAAGACGCACUCUACAUCCUGUUGACUGGGCUCCUCUCCUUUUCUAUUUGGUUGGUUUGGAUUGUGAUGUAUAUUCAUGGCAACAAGAUUUUACAACAUUCUAACUGGGAUGAUGCCACACUGGCCAUAGCUCUGGUGUCUAAUGGUUGGGUAUUCCUCUUGAUAUACACCAUUCCAGAAGUCUGUGCUCUCACCAAAGACAUAGAAGAUGUGGAAGUAAGCCUUGAAGGCCAACAUUGCCUUUCAAGUAUUAGAGUCUAUGAGAACUUCCUGAGAGACCAGACAGAUAGCCAGUUUGAUACAGCAAAGAAGUUGAUAUCACCCUAUAGCGGGUAUAAUGGGCAGGUUCGCAGUCGUGUGUACCAGGCUACUGAACUCGCCAUCAUAAGCAAGGGACCAAUCAAUGAAAUCUCCCAUGAGGAAGUGCUGCCUAGCGCAACAGCUCCACCUCUGGUCCCAGGCAGCAGCAGUCCUCUGCCUAGCGAUAACCUUUGUCUCCAACAGUUCAGAAGUAAACUGCGAAAGAGCGCCCUCGACGGUCACAGAAUUCGGUGUAACACCUGGUUCUGCGAGGCUUUACCAGGUCGAGAAGGAUCUGACUGCAGCGCCGCAGAGCAAAUUUACAGUGGAACGCAUGCGCAGUAG